AUGAAUUCCCCCUUUCGUAUUUCAUCUGCUAGAAGAUCAUCAGGAUGUAAGAGUGAAUGCAAAUAGCAUUUCUUUCCAAAUAAUAAAUGUAUGUCUUCUUUUAUUCUUUUAAGUAAUAUUGAAAAAACCAAAAGAUAAAGAGAAACUAGAAGAAACUGUUAUUCAUCUUAAAUUGCAAAUUAAUGUAUUAAAUGAUGACAAUGCUAAACUCAAAUUUGAAAUCUAACAUCUUUAAGUAAUAUUUUACUAAUAUUCAAUUAGAAAUAAUUGAAUAAAUAGGAAAAGGCAUUGUAAAUGAACAAGAAACUUCAUAUUGAUUAAAAGAUGCAAACUUAAUAGAGUGAGUACACUAAAACAAUCAAUGAGGAAAUCAUUAAUUUUUCAUCUUAGACUUGUUCACUUAUUGCUUAUUCUAAAUUUAUCAAAGAAUUAGAAAAUACUAUUUAAUAAAAAAAUCAACAAAUUGAAGAUUUGAAAAGAGACACUAGAAAAACUAGAUUUACUGAAUUGCAAGUAUUUUUAUCCAUUUUAUAAUAGGUUUAAUAUUAAGUAAUUUAAAAAGAAUAUGAAGAAUUACUGAAAAAAUACUAAGCUUAAAAACAUAUCAGGUAAUAUCAAUAUCUAUAUCAAUCUUAGUUAAUUUGCAAGUAACGAUGAAUUAAACAAAGAUAAUAUUUAUCUAUCAUAAUAACUUUACGAUAAUUAAUAACAAAUAUAAUAAUAGAAUGCAAAAAUUAAGAAACUUGAAACUGAAUUAUAUUAGAGCAAUUUUAAAAGACAAUAGUUUGAAAGACUUAUUUAAGAAAAAGAUAAAGAAUUGAGUUUAACUCAUUUUGAAUAUAGUAAUCCCAAGAAAACUAUAGCUGAUCUUAAUAAAUAAUGGUAAUAAAAAUUAGAUCUCUAAUAACUAUCAUAUCAAAGAUAAGAAUAAUUAUUGAUUUAUAAGCAAGAGUAAAUAGCUGAAUUAGAAAAGAAAAUAACGGAUUUAGAACAAUAAUUAUAAUAAAAGGACUUUUAUCAUAAAAAAGAUAUUGAUAAUUUGCAUUUAGUUAUAGCAACCUUAAAAGAUUAGAUUUUUUAGCUGGAGAAUGAAGAUAAAAGGAAAUCUCUACCUGUGAUUGAUUAACCAAAUGAAUCAUCUGAUAGAAAUAAAAAACAUGCUUCAGUUAUAAUAAAUAAGAAACGGAUUUAGAAAGUUAACUAUCAUGAAAUCUCAUAAAUGUUAUUAGAAUUAUCAAUUAAAUUAAAGUUAAAUGAAAUUCCUUUUAAUAGAUUAGAUUAAUAUAUUUAUUCAAAAUCUGUAAAGGGAUGUUUAGCUUUAUCAGAUUUAAUAGAGACUUUUAAAUAGUAGCCUUUUGAAUUGAAUGAUGAAUAAGCAACGUUGAUAGCUAGAUUUAUAAUAGAACCAGAAUAAGAGGAGUGGAUUUAUUAUGAUUUAAAUUGUACAAAUGAUAUUGUGAUCUCAAUAAGUAUCUUUAAAAAUCUCAUAAAAGCAUAUGAAUUAAUUUCAUAUGAUGAACAUAAAAUGUUAUAUAAUCAAUUAUGUUAAGUAUAUAAUAAUUUAUCUAUUUAGAUGAUGAAACAAAAUUAAAGUAAAAUAGUAUCUUAUUUGCAAUUAUAGGGAGAACAUUGCAGUAUUUAUGAGUUUAAGAAAGCUCUUGAUUACAAUGAUAUCAAUUUAUCUCCAAAAUUAGAAGAUUUGUUAAUGAUGAAGAUCUACGAGUAAUGCAAAUAAUUAAGUAAAUUUAAAUACUCUAUAAUUUUUGAUAUAUUAAAGUGA